AUGGACAGGACGAAUUGGACAGCGAUUGAGUUCAUUCUGCGGGGACUUUCUGAAUACCCCAAAGCUGAAAAACUCCUUUUCGUGAUGUGCCUGAUGAUGUACCUGGUGAUCCUGCUCGGGAACAGCACCUUGAUCAUACUCACUCUCCUGGAUCCCCGCCUCCAUACGCCCAUGUACUUCUUCCUUGGGAAUCUUUCCUUCCUAGACAUUUGUUACACAUCCUCGUUUAUCCCCUCAAUGUUGAUACACUUCCUAUCACAGGAAAAAACCAUCUCCUUCACUGGAUGUGUUGUUCAGAUGUCUGUCUCUUAUACCACGGGGUCCACAGAGUGCGUGCUCCUAGCAGUGAUGGCAUAUGACCGUUAUGUGGCCAUCUGUAAUCCUCUGAGAUACCCCAUCAUCAUGAGCAAGGCCCUUUGUAUUCAGAUGGCAGCUCUCUGCUGGGGACUGGGCUUUCGCAACUCACUGACAGAAACUAUCCUUGCAAUACGGUUGCCUUUCUGUGGAAAAAAUGUCAUUAACCACUUUGUUUGUGAAAUAUUGGCCUUUGUCAAGCAGGCUUGUGCUGAUAUUUCCUUGAAUGAGAUUGCUAUAAUGUUGGGUAAUGUAAUAUUUUUGUUUUCUCCAUUAUUGUUAAUUUGUAUCUCCUACAUCUUCAUCCUUUCUACUGUACUAAGAAUCAGUUCAGCAGAAGGAAGAAAAAAGGCCUUUUCUACAUGUUCAGCCCACUUAACAGUAGUGACCUUGUUUUAUGGGACAAUCCUCUUCAUGUAUAUGAAGCCAAAGUCGAAAGAUUCUGCUUUUGACAAACUCAUUGCUCUGUUCUAUGGAGUAGUCACUCCCAUGCUCAAUCCUAUCAUCUACAGCCUGAGGAACACAGAGGUGCUUGGGGCUCUGAAAAAACUGAUGAGUAGACACUGGAUCUGGAGAAAAGGGUGA